GGAACACAUCAGCACCGUGCUGCGUUUCUCUGCCCCUCAUAGCGGAUCCAGGGUCAGCUUAUUCAACAGAGUGCGAACCCCAACAAUUAACGACAUGUGAAGUAAUAAAACCGAUGCUUGGCUAACGCGAUCGGUGAGAGACAUGCGUUGUGGGCGUCAUCCAGAUACUGAUGCCGUGCUGAGUAUACAGCUAGCCGACAAUGUUGGGAAGCCAUGGGAUUCAGCCUGUUACGGUUGUCUUCAACAACUAUAAAAACAGUUUCCUUCACCUUUCCUCAAACCUAAUCUCUCAGCUCUCUCUUCAUGAGAAUCAGGUUCUGGAGCUGUCAUGGGGCGUGUGUGCCCCCGUGUACCUCAGCUGGACAAGAUGUCGGCAAACCACACAUCAAGAGCAAAAUACGGUCGAAGUGAACAGGCAACUGGGGGACAAGCUGGGCAUCAAAGAUGGAGAGCAGGGCUUUCUGAGACCAUGUCACCAGGUCCUGUCUGUCCAGCAGGUGUUUGUGGAGCCAUUGUCAUCAGAUGACUGGGAGAUACUGGAGCUUCACAGCUCCGCCCUGGAGCAGCAGCUCCUGGAUCAGAUCCGGGUCGUGUUCCCUGCCGGAGUGUUUCCCGUGUGGGUGGAUCAGCGCACUGUCAUUUAUGUCAAAAUAGCCUCCCUUUCACCGGCCGUCCCUUAUGGUCGACUGGAGCAGUUCACUGAGCUUGUGGUCUCCCCCAAAGUACGGCAAGGUGAAGGGAACCCCGUCAGUGCUGGGUCUGCGUCUCCCGCAGAUGUGAACCAGAGUCCACAUCUGCAAAGGCAGCAGAACUUUGAAAUCCCACCCUCCAGGUCGUCCCUGGGGAGCGACACCUUGGAGUCCCCGAUGAACCAGUCGGGGCUGCCAGGCACAUGGGGUGGAGUCACCGAUCUUAAAAGCCUGCUCAGGUACAUGUUCCCUGGGAGUUUCAAUCCCAGGCCAGAGGUCCCGUCUGUUCCCUCUAUACCCAGAAUCCUUGGGGACUCCAUCCUCAGGGUGUGUGGGGCUCCUCCCCCCCUCACUGGUCUGCGGGGUGCCACCCACGGGGCCGUGCACGUCCUGCCCUGGAGCCGCAGCGAGGGGGAGGGGGACGCGGGCGGGGCCGCGGUGACGUACGGACAACUCUCCCGGUUGUGCUCGGCCAGGGAGCUGAGAGAGAGAGCCAAGCGGGCCUCGGAGAAGAAGAAAGCCGGGGGGGGCACACCCGCUGACAAUGCAGGGCCCAUCUCCGACGCGGACAGGGAGGAGCCGGCAGUCGUGGUCCGGGUGGUCUGUCACUGUGUGGAGGAGGUCCUGGAGGCCCAGAACGGCGGCCGAAGGGGACAGCUCUACAGCGGGAGGGUCUGGAUUCCAGAAGUCAUGAGGGGGUGGCUAAAUAUUGAUUUACGCUCUGCUGUGAGAAUCCAGCCGUUAAAAUCGACCCCUAAAUUGGCUUCUGUGGUCCAGCUGCAACCAUUGCAACCCCUAUCCCAGAGUGAGAAGGAGCUGGACCUUCAGUCUUCCUUCUUUGACUGGCUGCAUUCCCAAAGUAAUGAAGCCCUGCACAGGCUAACGGGGCGUUCCAGCUUCAUCCUUUUGCCAGUCUGUGAAGAAAAUCUGGAGUUUGCCUUGACUGUGCUGAAGCCAGAGUCUGAGAACACAAAGUCUGAUGAUGUGUUCCUGUUGACCACAAGUUUAAUACAGAAAACAGACAUACAGAUUGUCUGGGAGCCAUUGACUGUUCCCAUGAAAGCUGAUGACGACAAUGGUUAUCUCAGUUUUCCUUCACUCGAUUGUCUGGGAGGAGUGGAGGACAUCAGCAGAACGGCCUUUGAGCACAUCUCCUACUGCCUGAUGGGAGGGCCCCUGUCCCAGGAGCUGGCAGGCAUGACCCCUGGGCUCAGGAACGGAGCUCUGCUCAUCACAGGGCCCAAGGGCAGUGGGAAGACGGCUCUCUCCAAAGCCCUGUGCAGAAGAGCCGUGCAUGACUUGGAUGUUCACGUGGAGGUAAUCGAGUGCAAGAAAUUGAGAGGGAAGAGGGUAGAGACGAUACGACACAGGCUGGAGGAGGUUUUUGAACAGGCGGUGUGGAGACAGCCCUCAGUGGUCUUUUUGGAUGACCUGGAUCACAUGACUGGAGCGGCUGUCUCCCCGGAGCACGAACAUGGCCCGGAAGCACUCCACUGCCUGCAGUUAGCCCAGAGUCUGAGAGACCUGGUGGAUGACCUUGUGGUGCAGGGUAGUCUGGUCGCCCUGGUGGUCACCAGCCAGAGCGAGCACUCCUUGCACCCAUCCCUGAGGGAGGUGCAGGGCUCCCAUUUCUUCCAGUGCUUCGUCCGCAUCCAGGCCCCAGACCAGGUGCAGAGAGGGGAGAUCCUGAAGGCUGUGAUUCGGAGCAAGCGAGUCAUCUCCGCGGACACCCUGGAUGGACUGCAGCUGGAGAACCUGGCCCGGGAGACAGAGGGGUACCUGCCCAGAGACUUCACUGUGCUGGUGGAGAGGGCCAUCCACGCCAAUGCCCUGCACAACAGGGGCAGUGCCCCACCAGAAGUGUGUUUGUCCACAUGUGACUUCCAAAAUGCCCUGAAGGGCUUUACUCCGCCCUCCCUGUGGCAUGCCCAGCUUCACACGCCCAGCGGGGCGGGUCUGGAGAAGGUGGGCGGGCUUCAUGAGGCCCGACAGGUGCUGAUGGACACCAUCCUGCUGCCUGCCAAGUACCCCGCCCUGUUCGCCAAACUACCCAUCCGUCACCGCUCGGGGGUGUUGCUGUACGGGGCCCCCGGGACAGGGAAGACCCUGCUGGCUGGAGCCGUGGCGCGCGAGAGCGGCAUGAACUUCAUCAGCAUCAAGGGUCCGGAGCUCCUGAGCAAGUAUAUUGGGGCGAGUGAGCAGGCCGUCCGAGACGUCUUUCAGAGGGCGCAGUCGGCCAGGCCCUGCAUCCUGUUUUUCGAUGAGUUCGACUCGCUCGCCCCACGCCGGGGCCAUGACAGCACCGGCGUCACGGACAGGGUGGUCAACCAGCUCCUCACCCAGCUGGAUGGGGUGGAGGGUCUGCAGGGUGUGUAUGUACUGGCAGCCACCAGCCGUCCUGACCUCAUCGACCCCGCCCUGCUGAGACCCGGUAGACUGGACGUGUCCCUGUACUGUCCUCCGCCUGACCAGGAGGCGCGUCUGGAGAUCCUCAAGGCCCUGACGCACUCGGUCUCGCUGGCUGGGGAUGUGGACUUGGAGCAGAUCGCCAGCGCCACGGACUCCUUCACCGGGGCAGACCUGAAGGCCCUGCUUUAUAACGCCCAGCUGGAGGCCAUUCACAGCAGCCUAGGGGCAGGCCUGCUGCAUGACCUGGGCUCCGGCUCGGACAGCGAUGUCAGCCUCUCGUCCAUGAUCUUCCUGAACCACAGCAGUGGGUCAGACGACUCAGCCGGCGAGGGCGAGGGUGGGCCGGACCACAGCACCGUCCUGCUGGACCCGGGAGAGCUGCCCCCAGAAGACCCACGCCCCAACAUCUGGCGUCUGUAUUUCGGGAGCUCCUAUGAGUCUGAGCUGGGGAACGCCUCCCCCUCAGAGCUGAACUCCCAGUGCCUCUCAGGCCCCAACUCCAUGACCCAUGACCUGACAGGGGCGUCUCUGCGUGACCCGGGCUGCUCCCACACGCCCGUCUUCAUGGCCUCCCUGCAGGAGGGCUUCCAGGAGCUAAGCCACGAGCAGCUGGAGCGCCUGCGCACCGACAUCGCCAACAUCAAGAGCAACUACCGCAACCGCGGCACGGAGGACUCUCUCUUGAUGCAGGCAGGGCCCAGUAAGCCAGCCCUCCUAAUCUGCCACGCCCACCUGAUCUCAUCGCUGGCCAGCACCAGAGCCUCCAUCAGCAGGCAGGACUGGAAGAAGUACACAGAGCUAUACGAGUCUUUUGGAUAUGCGGGAAAUGGAAAGUCUCACAGCACAGCUACUUUUAAACCUGGCCAACGUGUAACAUUAGCAUAGUGUACACACAUAUAGGCCUAUGCCUAUGUCACACUAGACAGCCACAAUGUUUAGCUUUGGUUUCCCUUGGAAGUGGGAUGCCUGGAUAUGAUGGCUAUCGCCUUAACCACUCUUGUGUGUUGUGCUGUAAUUAAAACCAACAACACUGAUUAACAAAUGGCAUGUCGGGUUCAUUAUUCUCUCCUCAUAGGUAAGCAAAUAUCCUUCACAAAAUAGCAGUUCAUCUCCUUCAUGAUGAUGUAAAAAUUUAAUCUGGGCCAUUUACUGUAUAUGUAAAUGUUGACAUUUGGAAGUGAUGUAAA